AUGCUUGUCGAUUUACAAAAGUGGUUGAAGAUCUCCAAAUCCAAAAGGUUGAGGCACAGAUCAUGGCCUUCGGCAGUCCGGCUCAAACUAUCGCUUGGAACAGAAGCUGAAGCUGAAGAUCCGGGAGAGGCGCUUGGUGUUUUCUUCGCUGCGGCUGCUGCAUUUGCCCUUAUUGCACCCUGUCCUCGUCUUUCGAUGAGAGCGACGAGAAGAACUGAACAUCAUAUCGGGUCUCGUGACAUCAUUAUCCAUCCUCAUGCAGAUCGAGGUUAUGAUGAAUCCACUUUGGAGUCUGAAAACCGCAAAAGAGCAGACUCUUGA